CGCUCUGAUUGGCCCCGCGGAGGGCCGGGGGCGGUUUGAGCGGCAGCGCCGGGCGCGGCGGCGGCUCCACUGCUCGGGCACCAUGCUGCCCCUAUCCUUAUUGAAGACGGCGCAGAACCACCCUAUGCUAGUGGAGCUGAAGAACGGGGAGACGUACAACGGGCACCUGGUGAGCUGUGACAAUUGGAUGAACAUCAACCUGCGGGAGGUCAUCUGCACAUCCCGGGAUGGAGACAAGUUCUGGAGAAUGCCAGAGUGCUACAUUCGUGGCAGCACCAUCAAGUACCUGCGAAUCCCUGAUGAAAUUAUUGACAUGGUGAAGGAGGAGGUGGUGUCCAAGGGCAGAGGCCGUGGUGGGAUGCAACAGCAGAAGCAACAGAAGGGCCGUGGUAUUGGAGGUGCUGGGCGAGGUGUCUUUGGUGGCCGUGGCCGAGGGAUUCCAGGCAGUGGAAGAGGCCAGCAAGAGAAGAAGCCAGGCAGGCAAUCAGCAAAGCAGUGAGAGGCUGGUGGCAGCUUGGCUGAGCACCAGCACUGCCAGCCUGAUGGGUUUUUUGUCACCUCAGGAUUGCCAUGUGUUCAAAAGUGUCCCCUCCCUGCUCCUCCACCAGCUGAUCAGUGCCCGAAUCAGGUAGUUUGGAAGCCCCUUUGCAACUGGGUCUGGUGCAGUGGGGUUCAUUCACUGCUCCUAGGCAGCAAAUCAUUGGAAAUGCUUUAAAAAAAUCAUUGGUGGGUAAGGACCUGAGCUCUGCCUCCCGAGAGGGGAGGCACUGCUUCAUUUUUCAGGGCCAACAGGUUUAAUUUGGAUUGUCCUGCACAGUGGUCUGAGAAGGAAGCUGACACUGUCUGGAUCGUUUGGGUUUUGUUUAAUACUUGGGACAGGAAAACUCAUUGCACUUGUAACAGGUGUUGAGGUUUGGUUUGCAAAGCCUGACCUCCAGGACUUUUGUCUCUUUGUGGUCUUAAAGGUUUGGGGGCUGUUUAAAAACAACAAACUUUUAA